UCUUUUUAACUUGAACAACACCCACACUGACUCUUCCCCAGAAAAAAAAAAAAUGAUGGGUGGACGCAGAGAGGGUCCGUUGAUGAGAAACACAUCGCACUCAGUGGUGAAAUCAAGAAUAUUAAUGGCUAUGGCCAUUGGGAUUUCAUUUGGUUGCCUCUUCGCUUUUCUUUAUCCUCAUGGAAUCCCCUCUUCCUCUGCCCCCGCAUUCCACUCUCGCCGCACUCAGGUUUUAUCUACCAAAUGUGAAUCGUCUGAAAGGUUAAAUGAGUUGAGAAAAGAGUAUUCAGCAGCAUCCAAGGAAAAUGCAGGGUUGAGACAACAAGUUAAGGAGCUCACUGAAAAACUCAGGUUGGUCGAACAAGGGAAAGAUCAUGCACAAAAGCAAGUCGAGGCAUUGGGUAAACGGCAUAAAGCUGGGGCUUUUGGGACUAUUAAAGGUUUGAGAACCAACCCCACAGUGAUUCCAGAUGAAUCUGUUAACCCAAGAUUGGCAAAAAUUCUGGAAAAUGUCGUUGUCCAAAGAGAGCUUAUAGUGGCACUUGCAAAUUGGAAUGUGAAGGAUUCAUUAGAGGUUUGGUUCAAAAACAUCAAGAGAGUUGGUAUACCUAAUUAUUUGGUUGUUGCUUUGGAUGAUAAGAUUGCUGAAUUUUGUGAAUCAAAUGAUGUUCCAGUGUAUAAGAGAGAAGCCGAUGAAGGAAUUGAUUCCAUUGGGAGGACAGGGACAAACCAUGCGGUUUCAGGAUUGAAAUUUCGUAUCUUGAGAGAGUUUUUGCAGCUAGGGUACAGUGUUCUCCUUUCAGAUGUUGAUAUUGUGUAUUUGCAGAACCCUUUCAACUAUCUUUAUCGGGAUUCAGAUGUGGAAUCCAUGACUGAUGGCCAUGAUAACAUGACUGCUUAUGGAUACGAUGAUGUCUUUGAUGAACCUACAAUGGGAUGGGCUCGAUAUGCUCAUACAAUUCGGCUAUGGGUCUAUAACUCUGGUUUCUUCUAUAUCAGACCAACAAUCCCUUCAAUUGAGCUUUUGGAUCGCGUGGCUGGUCGCCUAGCUCGCGAGCCAAAGUCAUGGGACCAGGCAGUUUUCAAUGAGGAACUCUUUUUCCCUUCACAUCCUGGGUAUGAAGGGCUUCAUGCUGCUCGCAGAACUAUGGAUUUCUAUCUCUUUAUGAACAGUAAAGUCCUCUUCAAGACUGUUAGGAAAGAUGCUAGACUGAGAAAGUUGAAGCCGGUCAUUGUUCACGUAAAUUACCAUCCUAAUAAGCUUGAAAGAAUGAAAGCAGCUGUGGAAUUCUAUGUUAAUGGUAACCAGGACGCAUUGAAAGCUUUUCCUGACGGUUCAGAUUGGUAAAUUGUGCUAUGCUCAUCAGAAUUAAAAUCCACGGCUUUUUCCAUCAGCUGUCAGCAAUGGGUGCAAAAAUUCGUCUAGUCAAUGGUUAAAAGCAUCUUCAUCAGAGUGAUAUGAUCACACGUACAAAAAAAAAAAAAAAAGUUGUGCCUUCUGUUUAUUCCCUGCCAAAUACUUUAGAAUCUCAGGCUUCUGCCAAAGGUAAAGAAAACCCAUAGGAAUAUAGUUUUACAAUAUUCUAUUUUUGCGAUAAGAUUUGUUCUUUACUGCUUUAGAUUUUUUCAUUCAAUGCCAUUGUUCAACAUUGCAAAGGUUUUUUAGCAAUUCAAACUUUUCGAUACAAACUUAUUCGAUUCAUUCUCUUUAUAAUCUGAUUUCUAUGUAAAGGGUUUAACCAAGGUUUAUGCUUGACUUGCAACUCAGUAUGCUACUUCGUCAUAUAU